AUGUCGUCGUUCCAACCGGCGUCGUCGCUUGCACGCGACAUGAACAGCAGCACCAGCACGAGUAGCGGGGCUGGCCCUGUGGUGCAACCACGACCGCGACCGCUGAUUCGAGGUGCACAAGGUAGCGGUACGACGGUGCUGGUGAACAACUGCCAGCGCGGCAACCCCGUGCUCCAACACAUCCGCAACAUUGGCUGGGAAUACGCCGACAUUGUGCCAGACUACCAAGUGGGGCUUUCGUCGUGCGUUUUGUUCCUGUCGAUCCGAUACCAUCGGUUGCAUCCGGAAUACGUGCACACGCGCAUCUCGAAGCUGCAACAAAUGUACACGCUGCGCGUGCUUUUGGUGCUAUGCGAUGUCAACGACCACCAAGCUGCGAUUCGGGAGCUUACGAAAGUGUCGAUGAUCAACUCGCUCACCAUGGUGCUUGCCUGGAGCGCCGAAGAGGCUGGGAAGUACAUUGAAACGUACAAGUCGUUCGAGCACAAGCCUCCCGAUGCCAUCAAGGAGCGCGUCGGCGAAGAUUACCUCGCCCAGGUGACGAAUGUGCUGACGCAGAUCCGGGGGAUCAAUCGCACCGACGUCGUCACGUUGCUCAGCACGUUUGGCACGCUCAGAGGUGUAGUCAACGCCGAGGUGGCACAGGUCGCCAUGUGCCCCGGAUUCGGAGAGGUCAAGGCAAAAAGGCUCUGCGAUGCGGUUAGGAUGCCGUUCCGAGUCGGAGAGACUAGGACGUUCAGCCAGCGCAAAUCGACAGCCUCCACCACUGCAAACACAGCUGCGGGAUCAGAGGCACCAGCACAGCCCGCGGCAGCGCCAACAACCCGUGCGCUAGACACACUCGAAGCCCAAUUGGAUACCCUGCCCGAUCUCGCGGCGUCGGAUGCGGAGGAUGACUUGGAUCAAGACGAACACUUGCGUCUCGCCAUCCAGCUCUCCAUGCAGCCCGAGUCGUAG